GUAAGAAGCAUCACUUUGGAAUUAACAAACCAGAGAAGAUUAUACCAUCUCCUGACGACUCAAAGUUUUUACUGAAGACCUUUACGCAUAUUAAGUCCAAUGUAUCUGCUCCUAAUAAAAAGAAAGUCAAGGAAAGUAAAGAAAAGGAAAAGUUGGAGAGAAGAUUACUUGAAGAGUUGCUGAAGAUGUUCAUGGACUCGGAAUCCUUUUACUACAGCUUGACCUAUGACUUGACCAACUCAGUGCAGAGGCAAAGCGCUCCGGAGAGGGACCCCCGGCCCCUCUGGCAGAAGGUUGAUGAUCGAUUUUUUUGGAAUAAAUAUAUGAUACAAGAUCUUACUGAGAUUGGUACGCCAGAUGUGGACUCCUGGAUUAUCCCCAUUAUCCAAGGCUUUGUGCAGAUUGAAGAACUUGUGGUAAAUUACAGUGAGUCAUCUGAUGAUGAGAAAAGCAGCCCAGAGACCCCGCCUCAGGAGUCCACCUGUGUAGAUGACAUUCACCCACGAUUCCUAGUGGCUCUCAUUUCACGUCGCAGUCGGCACAGAGCAGGAAUGCGCUAUAAACGAAGAGGGGUGGAUAAAAAUGGAAAUGUUGCAAAUUAUGUGGAGACUGAGCAGCUAAUUCAUGUCCAUAAUCAUACCUUGUCAUUUAUUCAAACCCGAGGCUCUGUGCCUGUCUUUUGGAGCCAGGUUGGCUAUCGAUACAAUCCAAGACCUCGGCUGGACAAGAGUGAAAAGGAAACUGUUGCCUAUUUCUGUGCCCACUUUGAAGAACAACUGAAAAUUUACCAAAAACAGGUUAUUAUUAACUUGGUAGACCAAGCAGGAAGAGAGAAAAUUAUUGGGGACGCUUACCUAAAGCAGGUGUUGCUCUUUAACAAUGCGCACCUCACUUAUGUUUCAUUUGACUUCCAUGAGCACUGCCGAGGAAUGAAGUUUGAGAAUGUUCAAACACUAACAGACGCUAUUUAUGACAUUAUUCUUGACAUGAAGUGGUGUUGGGUUGAUCAAGCUGGGGUAAUAUGUAAACAAGAAGGGAUUUUUCGAGUUAAUUGCAUGGACUGCCUGGACCGCACCAACGUGGUUCAAGCUGCCAUCGCACGAGUGGUCAUGGAGCAGCAGCUGAAAAAAUUAGGUGUGAUGCCCCCGGAGCAGCCACUGCCGGUGAAAUGCAAUCGGAUCUAUCAGAUAAUGUGGGCCAACAAUGGUGACUCCAUCAGCAGGCAGUACGCUGGCACAGCUGCUCUGAAGGGUGACUUUACAAGGACAGGGGAAAGGAAGUUAGCAGGAGUCAUGAAAGAUGGUGUUAACUCCGCAAAUAGGUAUUACCUGAAUCGAUUUAAGGAUGCUUAUAGGCAAGCUGUCAUAGAUUUGAUGCAAGGCAUUCCAGUGACAGAAGAUCUUUAUUCCAUAUUUAACAAAGAGAAAGAGCAUGAAGCUUUGCAUAAGGAAAACCAGAGAAGUCACCAGGAACUGAUUAGCCAGCUUUUACAAAGUUACAUGAAGUUACUGCUGCCUGAUAAUGAAAAGUUCCACGGGGGCUGGGCCCUCAUUGACUGUGAUCCCAGAGGAAGAGAAACACCAAAGAUGAGAAGGAAUCCGGCUCUGACAGCUUUGCCUCCUCGAGAGACAAACGGACGCCCCGACCAGAUGCCGCGGCCCUACAAGCCCUUGCCGGGCGCCCGGCGGCCCGGCCGCAUCGCAGAGCACGUUGCUGAAUUGGAUCGCCUGACGACCACGCUCAAGAUGGUUCUCCUUUUAGCCGGGCUGACGCUGAAAGCCCCGGUGGCGUUGUAUUUUUAUUCUAAAAUAGUCCUUUUUCAAAGCCUCCUGUUAAUGUCCCCCGAGGACAGCGGCUUUUACGCCCUGGUUGUGGCGGUGAUCGGCCUCCACCUGCUGAUCUGCGGCUUCGUUUUUGUUCUGUGGCCGGAGGACGGCUGGCCCGGCUGGCGGGGGCGGAAGCGCUAG